AUGAUCUCGACAGCUGCGGCUGCUGUGGCUGCGCGGCCGCGGAUUCAGACGCGCAACGACAACAGGAUCGUUUUACAUUUUGAUUAUGAUUGCUUUUACGCGUCUGUUUUUGAGCGCGAGAAUCCCUCCUUGAAGGCCUUGCCCCUACUGACGCCUCCUCCAAAGGCUGUGCAACAGAAACAAAUCGUGGUCACUUGCAAUUAUGAAGCUCGACGGCGGGGACUACGCAAACUCCAGCUCAUCUCUGAGGCCAAGAAGCUCGUCCCAGACGUCGUGAUUGUGUUGGGCGAGGAGCUUGGCCGAUUUCGAGAUGCCUCCAAAGCUCUCUACAAGUUCCUCGAAGCAUUCACGUGGAGUGGUAAGGUAGAGAAGCUUGGUUUCGAUGAGGUAUGGAUGGACGUAACCGAUUUAAUCGAUUACAACCAAGCCAUUUUGAACACGAAUGACCUCGAACACUCGUUUUUCCAACUGAAGCGUAAUGAUCCUACUGUAGGAUUUUCUUACGAUGCGACAAAAAUUGCCGGGCAUAGUUUCCCAGACAAUCCGCAGCAGGGUAUUCCGUCACGAUCCUGCACGGUCACUCCGCCUCUUGGCCGUGAGGAUAACGAUACUGUAACGCUUAUGACGCGGCUCAUAUUAGGAUCACAUUUGGCACAUCACCUCAGAUUGAAUCUCGAGGACGAUCAAGGCUACACAUCAACGGUCGGAAUUUCGACGAACAAGCUCCUGAGCAAGCUCGUCGGAAAUCUAAACAAGCCUAAGGGACAGACCACUCUAUUACCACCUUACGUGAUCCUGGAGGAUGCAUCCUGCUUAUCCUCUAGCGAUGAAGCCCGUCGUCAGAGCCACGUUUCUCUAUUCUUGGACGGCCACGAUAUUGGGAAGAUCCCAGGAAUUGGCUUCAAAAUGUCUCAGCGGAUUCGUAACCACGUCCUUUCACGGCCUGCUGAUUUUGAUGAUAGAAGCAUGUAUGAAGGGACGAAUGAAUCUAUAACGGUGGGCCACGUCGCAACUUUUCCAGGCAUGGGCCCCGAGUUGCUCGAAAAGAUUCUCGGCGUUCCCGGUGCAGAACGUGGGAUUGGUGGUAGGGCAUGGAAUCUUAUCAAUGGGAUUGAUGAUACCGAAGUCCAGCAAGCUAAGAACGUCCCGUCCCAAAUUAGCAUCGAAGACUCAUAUGGUCGACUGGAGACCAUGUCCGAAGUUGUGAAAGAGCUUCGAACGCUGACCACCAGCCUGAUAAGACGGAUGCAUCGUGACCUUCUAGAGGAUGACGACGAGCCCGACUCAGCAGGUGGGAAACGAUGGACCGCGCAUCCAAAGACGCUUCGUCUUUCGACACGUCCACGUUUACCACUGAACGCUGAUGGGACUCGGACGCGCAGUUUCAACCGAAUCUCAAGAUCCGGCCCUCUACCUAACUUUGUCUUCAACCUCAAGGAAGACAUCAAUGCCAUAGUAGAGAAACUCGUCCAAGUGGCCUUAAUUCCUAUGUUCCGCAGACUCCACUCGCAGCCCAGCGGUUGGAGUCUCAGUCUCUUGAACGUCGCGGUGACGAACAUGGUUGAGACCGCUAGCGAUGAUGGGAGAGCUGGUGGUAGGAGAGAUAUCGGUCGUAUGUUCAAGCGGCAAGAGGAAGUCCUAAAAGAGUGGAAAGUUGAAGAUCGAGAUGUACCUCCUGACCAUCCUGCUGGGUCGGAGGCUGUAGUACCAUCUCAUGCUAUCCCUCUUCCACCUACCUUGGGAAAUGAAAUCCAGCAUCACUGUGUACCAACUGCUCUAGCUGGUUCCGAGGAUAUGAUACAACCCACACAGACGUCGACCGAUGGCAACGCAUCAUGGGAAUCGGACGACGAAGAUGACGGUGCUGGUAACAGGGCGAUGUGCGCUGUGUGCAAUGCCGUCAUGCCUGCUUUUGCAAUGGCGGCUCAUGAGCGUUUCCAUGACCUGGACAAAUAA